UCUCUACCUCUCGUACACACCCCAAACCUGGCUUGGAUUUGCAAGAAACCUGACUUUCUGCCGCUGCUGCUUCCUCCAGAACUACAUUUCCCAGCUAGGAGGCCACGCAGGGGGAGGCGGGCCUGAGAAGCCAGGGGCAGAGCACAGAGCGGCGGGAGAGCGGCCAGGGCUAAGGGCGGGGCCUCGGGUCGGCGUGAUGACAUAGGAGGAGGGGUCGGCUGCCAAGGGGCGGGCUGGACCCCGAGAGGCCGGAGGAGAGACUGGGCAGCUGGGCGUGGCCAAGUCAUCCAGAGGCGGGGCCCGAAGAAGGGCUCCGCUCUGUGCAGAGCCUGGCAGCUGCGCCUACCCAGGCGCGGUGGCCGCCCAAGUCCCGCUCUCAUCAAAGGGGAUCUGCGGGAAGCUCCCUUCACCCGCACUUCUGACGGGGCGUCCUUGCUGUCCACUACGCAGGCCAGGUUCAGAGGGGCGUGGCUGAGUGGUGCCCACCGCCCUCUGGUUCCUUAACCGCUGGGGACGGAUGUCCCAUAACCCCCAGGAGAAAAACCAGGCUUAUCCCCGCCGCCGCCCUGGUUUCCACGCAGAUCCUCAGCACACUGACGUGGCCGCCAUGUACACCUUCCUACCGGAUAACUUCACCCCUGCCAAGCCCAAGCCGUCCAAAGAGCUGAGGCCGCUGCUGUGCUCGGCGGCGCUGGGUUUGCUGCUGGUGCUGGCCGCCAUUGUGGCCUGGUGCUAUUACACCGCUUCCCUACGCAAGGCAGAACGCCUGCGCGCAGAGCUUCUGGACCUCAACCUCGGCGGCUUCUCCAUCCGCAACCAGAAGGGCGAGCAGGUGUUCCGCCUGGCCUUCCGAUCCGGGGCGCUGGACUUGGACUCGUGUGGCCGCAUCGGUGCUGUGCUUAGCUGCUCCCGCACCGCCGACGGGCGCCCCCUGCACUUCUUCAUCCAGACCGUGCGGCCCAAGGACACUGUCAUGUGCUACCGCGUGCGCUGGGAGGAAGAGGCAGCGACGCCAGGGCGGGCGGUGGAGCACGCCAUGUUCCUUGGCGACGCACCAGCGUACUGGUAUGGCGGCGCCGAGAUGAGGACACAACACUGGCCAAUUCGCCUGGAGGGCCAGCUGGAGCCGCAGCCUUUUGUCACCAGCGAUGUCUAUUCCUCUGACGCUGCGUUCGGUGGCAUCCUUGAGCGCUACUGGUUAUCCUCCCGCGCUGCUGCUAUCAAAGUCAACGACUCAGUGCCUUUCCACCUGGGAUGGAACAGCACCGAGCGGUCGCUGAGGCUGCAGGCUCGCUACCACGACACACCCUACAAACCACCCAUCGGUGGCCCCCAGGGGCCAGAGCUAAGCUACCGCGUGUGCGUGGGCUCAGACGUGACCUCCAUCCAUAAGUACAUGGUGCGGCGCUACUUCAACAAACCUUCCAGGGUGCCCGCACCCCAGGCCUUCCGAGACCCCAUUUGGUCCACGUGGGCGCUGUAUGGGCGUGCGGUGAACCAGGACAAGGUGCUGCAUUUUGCCCAGCAGAUCCGCCAGCACCGCUUCAACAGCAGCCACCUGGAAAUCGAUGACAUGUACACGCAAGCUUAUGGCGACUUCGACUUCGACGAGGCCAAGUUCCCCAAUGCCAGUGAUAUGUUCCACCGGCUGGGUGAAGCUGGCUUCCGCGUCACGCUCUGGGUGCACCCAUUCGUCAACUACAACUCAUCACGCUUCGGCGAGGGCGUGGAACGCGAGCUGUUCGUGCGCGAGCCCACGGGCCGGCUGCCCGCGCUGGUGCGUUGGUGGAACGGCAUUGGCGCUGUGCUGGACUUUACGCGCCCGGAGGCCCGGGACUGGUUCCAGGGACACCUGCGGCGGCUGCGUUCGCGCUACUCAGUGGCCUCCUUCAAGUUCGACGCGGGGGAGGUCAGCUACCUGCCGCGGGACUUCAGCACCUACAGGCCACUAUCGGACCCCAGCGUGUGGAGCCGGCGCUAUACCGAGAUGGCGCUGCCCUUCUACUCGCUGGCCGAGGUCCGCGUGGGCUACCAGUCGCAGAACAUCUCCUGCUUCUUCCGCCUCGUGGACCGCGACUCGGUGUGGGGUUAUGACUUGGGGUUACGCUCGCUCAUCCCCGCCGUACUCACCGUCAGCAUGCUGGGCUACCCGUUCAUCCUGCCGGACAUGGUGGGAGGCAACGCGGUGCCUGAGCGCACGGCGGGCGGCGGCACCGUGCCAGAGCGAGAGCUCUACGUGCGCUGGCUGGAGGUGGCCGCCUUCAUGCCGGCCAUGCAGCUCUCCAUCCCGCCCUGGCACUACGACGCCGAAGUGGUGGCCAUCGCGCACAAGUUCGCCGCGCUGAGGGCCUCGCUUGUGGCGCCGCUGCUGCUGGAGCUGGCGGGCGAGAUCACCGACACCGGCGACCCCAUCGUGCGCCCCCUUUGGUGGAUCGCUCCUGGUGACGAGACGGCUCACCGCAUCGACUCACAGUUUCUCAUUGGAGACACGCUGCUGGUGGCGCCGGUGCUGGAGCCCGGCAAGCAGGAACGCGAUGUCUACCUGCCCGCUGGCAAGUGGCGCAGUUACAAGGGCGAGCUUUUCGACAAGACGCCAGUGCUGCUCACCGAUUACCCGGUCGACCUGGACGAGAUAGCCUACUUCACCUGGGCGUCUUGACCCGGCCCAGAGCCCCAGAACCAACCCCCUCACACACACACACCACCAGCCUUAACUCCAGUUUCCUGCAGACCUUGGUCCCCUCCACACCCUUGCGGGGUGACUCUGGGGCGCCCCCACCCUCUGUACCACCCACUAAGGGGAUGCUUACUUGCAUUCCCGCCGCUGUAGGUGGGGCCUAGAGAGAGAGGGUGCUGGCCCAAUGUACAAGGCAAACAGCCCCCUACCCUGCACACUCACUCCGGUCUGCAGGAACUUCCUCCCUUGGGCUGGACACUAAGGAACUGACUAGAAGAAGGUCAGAUACGGUCACAUUUGAGCCAGUUUUUCCAGCGCGAAGAGAAACCUCUCUUCAUUGUGACCUUUGUAGCCACCUUAGUCCUUCUGAGGCAGGGACUUGAUCCUCUUGAAGGUUCCUCCCAAAAGUCAAGGCCAUGCUUAGAAAGUGUACGUUACUGGAAGCCAGGCUCUGAGUUUCCAGCACUGGCCUGGAGCAUGGCUGACCACGUCUUCUCUCCAGCUGGGGACGAAGGCUUAGAGGGAUUUGGCCAACUGACAAGGAGGUAGGAGGGUCCUUCCCAAAGAGUAGGAAGGCUAGGCUC